CGGCGCAAACCAGUACGCCGAAAACCACCAAAGUGUUCACGUAAUGAUGAUGAAGUAGGUUUUGGAGGAGGACCGACGGAUUUGUCCUUGUUAACGGAGUACGAUAAGCAUAUGGCUAUUCCGAUAUGGUAUGCAGACCCAAAUGACAAAGAGAUUUUAGCGGUAAAUUUACGUUGCAUCGCCAGCGGAAAAAAAGUUAUUAAUAUACAAAAACCGUCCCGCCGCACGGACAGAUGGUUUUGGGAUGUGGUUGAAGCAUCGGGUUUGGAGCCGCUUACCCGGACUAAUUUUAGCGUGCUUGACUACGGGCUCCUCUGGGCAUUUGUUGAAAGAUGGCAUACGGAGACGAGUUCAUUCCACAUUCCAUUGGGUGAGCUGGCCAUCACAUUGGACGAUGUCCAGUGUCUGUUGCAUAUUCCGAUCGAGGGAAAGUUUCUGAACCAUGGCAAAAUGUCAAGGGAUGAAGCGGCUGACAUGGUUAACUCAUUUCUAGGAGUUGAUCGGAAUGUUGUUAUGGGUCAUUUUGCCAAAAUGAACGGGCUCCAUCUGAAGCAUUCUGACGUGGAGGAUAUCUAUAGUGUUAACCACGGAUUAGCUGAUAAAGCUGUUGCUGAAGGUAAGUCGGCGCAUGAGAUUAAGCUGUAUAGGGACAGGUCCAUACGGGCUUUCUUGCUAUUUUUGGUCUGUUGUACCAUAUUUAGCAACAAAAGCAGUUACUACGUGGACGUAGUAUACCUGCAGUAUUUUCAGGAUUUGUCGGCUGUCCGUGAAUGGAAUUGGGGUGCUGCUGCUCUGGUUCAUUUGCAACAUUAUCUGGAUGAUGCGUGUUUGGUGACAGUGAAUCAGAUGGCUGGGUACAUGUCUUUGCUUCAGGGCUGGAUAAUUUCUCAUUUUCCGGGACUUAGUGUGUAG